AUGCAAACACCUCUCCCCGAUCUCCUCCACAGCUACAAUCUCCCGCGAGGGAUCUUCCCCAAGAACGCCACGCACUACGAAUUCGACGAGGCCACCGGCAAGCUCACCGUGAUGCUCCCAUGGAUCUGCGAGUGCUGCUUCCGGGACUCGUCCAUUCUGAGGUACGCCGCCACAGUCACCGCCACUCUCCAGCACGGCAAGCUCGUGGACGUGGAGGGCAUCAAGACCAAAGUUCUCAUCUGGGUCAAGGUGGCUGCCAUCUCCGUCCCCACGGAUCAUCCCGGCGACAAGGUCUACUUCUCGGUGGGGAUGAAGAAGUCGCGACCCAGAGAGGUGUAUGAAGUUCUCAAGGAUGCCUUGGAAGUGGAGGAAUUCUAA